UAUAAAUCCCCAGAAUUAACUUUUGCAGACUUCUUGCCAGUAAGGUCAAUCGUACGUGUAGAACUGUGAUGGCUGUCAAUAGAGUGAUCUUUACAAUUCUAUUUUGCGUUGUCCAUCUUUCACUCGAGAAAGAGUUCACGAACGAAGCAGAACCAUGCUCAUCAAGUAAAUGCAAACCUCCGAACUGUAGAUGUAGCGACAACAUAUCUCCUCCUGGCGGACUAGAUGCAAAGGCAACCCCACAGAUCAUCAUGAUCACAUUUGAUGAUGACCUGAACACGAUAAAUCACGCUCAGUACAUGGAGGCCUUUGGUGAACUAACUAAUCCCAAUGGUUGCCCUGCAGUGGGUACAUUCUUUAUCUGCCAUAACUACACAAGUUACUUCUUGGCCGAGUCGAUGUAUUCCAUGGGUCACGAGUUGGCAGAUCAUACUGUUACCCAUCAGACACCUGAUGAGUAUUGGCUUCAUGCUUCGUACGAUGAAUGGAAAAAUGAAAUCAACGGAGAAAGAGAAAUUUUGCACAAGUUUGCUGGUGUCAACGUUACUUCUGUGUCUGGCUUUCGAGCACCAUUCCUUGAGAUUGCAGAAAACAUGUAUAAAGCGCUCCAUCUUAACGGAUUCACGUAUGAUCUUUCUUGGCCUACUGGAAAAUACUACAAUCCACCCAUGUAUCCCUACACUCUAGACUACAAGUCGACCCAGGACUGUCCUGUUGGUCAGUGUCCAGUUAUGUCAUAUCCUGGUCUUUGGGUAGUCCCAAAUAUUGACCUUAUGAAUGCUGAUGGCUCGGUCUGCGGCUCUAUGAUGGAUGCAURCGCACCAACAGGCAACGCAAGUGUAUGGCUUGAAAUCCUUACAAGGAAUUUUAACUACCACUACAACGGAAACCGCGCACCAUUCGGAAUGCAUGCUCACUCAGCCUGGUUCUCACAAGCCGCAGGUCAUAUGGAAGCAAUGAAGAAGUUCUUGGCUCAAGUAACCGAAGGAAAGGACGAUGUAUGGAUACUAACAGUGUCUCAAGUUAUUCAAUGGAUGAAAGAUCCUAAAGAUAUUGAAGCAGCGAAGACUUUUGCACCCUGGGGCUGUCCUCCUCGACCAAAACCUAGAUGUACACAACCCAACUCCUGUCAUUAUACCACACCCAAGGACUUUUACAUGCCAACAUGCACUGAAUGUCCUAAACACUUUCCAUCUCCUACUGACCCUGACGGAAACUAACAGCUAAGUUUUUGUCUUUACUAACAUCAGUUGGAACCGAAUUUGAUAAAAAAUAGUUCUUCGCAACGCAAAUCAACUCACUUCCUAGUUAAGCUUGCUUUAACAGUAUGCGCUCGCUCGAAACGUACUGAACACUUAUUGUAGUAUAUGUAGGACAGGUAACAAAUUUGACACUUCGUUGUCUGAAGUUUCUUUGCCUUACUGACGGUUCAAAUAGGUUACAUGUCGUACCGAUUUGAAAAAGGAAAAGAUAAAAUAGACUUAGGAGCAUACUAAAUACAAUAACAUAAGUACACAAGAUGUACUGGUGAAAGCUGUUUAAUAACAAAAAUAGUACAAAAAUAUGAUAUAAAACAAACGUAUAUGUGUCAUAAAAUUGAUAAAACAUU